AUGUCUUUUCGUAUAUCCUUCGAAACGGACGCGUGCUUUUUAUUUCGUCUUCUUAAGUCCCUCGUUUCUUUAAAUUGUUAUUUCACUAUUUUAAGCGGUGGCUACCUCCGUAUUGACAAUGUAUUUUCCAGUCGCGCUAUCAAUGGUAAUAAACUUAUUGAAUUAAAGUGUCAAGACAAAGUGUCGCAUACCGGCAUCGGGGUGAGGGUUGUGGCUCCCUACAUCAAGAAUGGGGGCCCAGCAGGCGAAGGAGCGUGGCUCAGCCAGUGGAGCUUCUAUAAGAUCGGCUCGAAACAAGCCGCGGGUGCCAAAGGAUCCUCGCGUUCUUGGCUCAAACAUUUUCACGGAACAUAG